UCAGCUGGAUUUUACACAGCGACGACGGAAGAGAAUGAUGAGCAAGUCCGCCCGCCAAUUUCAAAGGAUGUAAACAAUAUUAGCUAAAACAUACGGUUCGCUCAGUGUGGGUUUAUUAACGUUUGCUACAAUGAGUUCGGGUGGAAAAGGAUCUGGAGAUUCAACUCUUCUUGCUGCCAGUGGGGACAGCAACUGCGUCAAAGUCUUUGUACGAGUGCGACCUCUAACCCAGGGUACUGGGCUGACCACAGACGGGGAUCAGAGUCUGUGUCUGAACGUCAGCUCACCCAACACCAUCCGUCUGCUCUCAAAGCCAGAACCACGGACCUUCACCUACGACCAUGUGGCCGACAUGGACACAUCUCAGGAUUCUGUUUUCACCAGUGUGGGCAAAAAUAUUGUUGAGUCUUGCAUGAAUGGAUAUAACGGGACUAUAUUUGCUUAUGGACAAACGGGCUCAGGAAAAACAUUCACCAUGCUCGGUCCAUCUGAGCUGGACAACUUCACAGACGAGCUGAGGGGGGUCAUACCGCGAAGUUUUGAGUAUUUGUUUUUUCUUAUUGGCAGAGAAGUGGAAAGGUCUGGAAAAUCCAAGAGUUUCCUUUGCAAAUGUUCGUUUAUUGAGAUCUACAACGAACAGAUCUACGACCUGCUGGAUUCAGCGUCUGCCAGCCUUUUCCUCAGGGAAAACAUUAAGAAAGGCGUGUUCGUUGAAGGAGCUGUGGAGAAGUUUGUGAACUCAGCAGCUGAAGCUUAUCAGGUUCUUUCUACGGGCUGGAGAAACCGGCGUGUGGCCUCCACCUCCAUGAACCGCGAAUCCUCCAGAUCUCACGCCGUGUUCACCAUGAUGCUGGAGUCUAAGGAGUCCCGCAACGAGGUGAUGAACAUCCGAAGUUCUCAGCUCAACCUGGUGGAUCUGGCCGGAUCCGAGAGACAGAAAGACACCCACACUGAGGGGUCCAGACUCAAGGAGGCCAGCAGCAUCAAUCGCUCCCUCAUGUGCUUGGGUCAGGUCAUCAUGGCCCUGGUGGAUGUGUCCAACGGAAAGAGCAGACACAUCUGCUACAGGGAGUCUAAACUCACCUUCCUCCUCAAAGAUUCUCUUGGAGGAAAUGCAAAGACCUACAUCAUAGCUAAUGUUCAUCCUGGUUCAAAGUGUUUUGGAGAAACAUUGUCCACGUUGCAGUUUGCCCAGAGAGCAAAGUUGAUCAAGAACAAGGCUGUUAUUAAUGAGGACACACAGGGGAAUGUGAAGCAGCUACAGGCUGAAGUGAAGAAGCUGAAGGAGCAGCUUGCUCAGGCUCUGACCUCUUCAGCAGGAGACUCUGCACCAGGAGGACCUCAGCCUCUCAUGGGUUUAUCAGUUGAAAAUCAGCAGGAUGUUUCGUAUAGAGGGAAGUACAUGGCUGCAGUGCGUCUGUGGAAGAAGCAAAACGAGGAGAAGAAGGUCCUGCUCAAGAAGGUGGCUCAGCUGGAGGAGGCCUGGACCCAGAAAGACAAGUUCAUCCACUCCAGCAGAAUGAUCAUCAGGUUCAGAGAAGACCACAUCUCCCGUCUGGAGAAGAAGCUGAAGGCCGGAGAAAGCUCGACGACGGACGCAGAGUUUCAGGCUUUGAUUGACCAGCAGAAAAAAGAGAUUAAGAUCUUAGCUGAUCAGGUUGAGCAUCAUCCAAAGAUGACUCGAUAUGCAGCAGAGAAUUACAGCCUUAGAGAAGAGAACCGUCUGCUGCGAUCUCUUGAAUCUGUGAUUAAAUGUGAAGAAGUUUCCACCCAAAUCGCAGCUGAAUUGGAGGAAGCCUUUCAAAAGUCGCUGGAGUCAGAAAAACUCACAGAAGCUUCUACGGCCGCUUCGACUUCGUCUGCGACAGAUUCUGCAUCUGCAGCCACGAUCGAAAAGCUGAACGCGAAACUGCUGCAGAAACAGUCGGACCUCACAGCUGUCCUGCAGGCUUUUGAGGAGUACAAAGACAUCACAAAGAAGCAGCUGUCUCAGCUGCAGUCUGACAAAAGAUACCUGGAGAAGUCCAACAGGCACCUGGAAAACAUUCUGGAAGCCACUCAUGCAUGCAAAAAACACGAAGUCUCUGAGCUCAACAGGAUUCAUGUAGAAACGAUAAAGAUUCUCACCACGCCCACUAAAGCGUACAACCUGCGGUCGCGGUUCAUUCCGCUUUCCAGUCCGGAACAUUUGAACGGGAUCGAAAACGACAGAGAAGAAAUCUGGUCUGAGCGGCCGCCGUCAGACAUGACGGAGAUGGCCCUGACAGAAGAGCUGCGUCACGUUCAGGAUCAAGUGAGUCGUGUCCAAACACAGUUAAAUGAGGAAGAGAUGAAGAAUAACAAGCUGUUGAAGCAAAUUGCAAAGCUGGAGGAGCAGAUAGCUGGGAUUUCUCAGGAGUCCCUCCAGAAAGGGGAGGAGCUUCAUGCAGAACGAGCCAGUAGGAGCAAAGAUGAGCUCAGCUUUCAGGAAACGGUUAAUGCCCUGCGGCAGAGCCUUCAGUCUGAACAACAAGCUGGAGAAGUUCUGAGGAGCGAGAUCCAAGAUCUGCGUUUGGUCCUGCAGUCGUCCGACAAGGAGCUGACCUCGGUGAAGAACGGGCUCAGAGAAACUCAGAGUGAGCAUCAGCAAGAGAUGAGUCGGCUCUCCAGCAACCUGAUCAGCACCCAGCUCCAACUCGACAAAGUCCAACUGGAGUGGGAGCAGCUUCUGGAACAGCACCGAACUCUGCAGGAUUCCUUCGACCAGCUGCAGGCUGAGGCCAAGUUUGACGCUGAUCAGGCGCGACAGGAGCUGCGCGACAAGCAGAAGGAGGUCGACCAGCUCAAAGCGGAGGUCCUGGAUUUAAAUAAUUCGCUGGCGGCUGAGCGGGAGUGCACCAGCAGGCUGACGUCACAACUGAAGGAAAACAAAAAAAAUACGUCGAAGGAACUGGUUGAAACCAUGCAGCAGAACACACAGCUCAGAAAACAAGGCUCAGAUUUAACCCUGCAAAAUCAAAACCUGUCAUCCAAAGUCACUGAUCUGGAGCAGAAUCUGACCUCUGCAAACGAAAAGAUUACCAGCUUGGAGCAGGAGAUUAAACACGACAAAGAUGUCCUGUUAGAGCUCAUCAACCAAACCAGAGACCUUCGUGCUAAGCUGAGCCAGAAGGAGGAAAACAUCGUCCAUCUGACUGGAGACGUUGAAGACCUGACGGGCAAGUAUAAUUCUGCCUGCUGUGAAAGAGACAACAUGAGAAAGCAGAACCAGAAAAUGCAGGAUGAAAUCAGUGAACUGAAAGAAACUAUGGAGAGAAAAAUGGCGUCCAACAAGAUAGAGGUUGAGGUAUUGCAGGAAGAAAUAACUUAUGCCACUGAGGAGGUUGAGAGACUCACGAAGGUCUGUGAUGAGCAGCAGAGCCUCCUGAAUGCAACACAGGAGCAAGCGACGCAAAAAGAGCUCAUCAUAAAGAACCUAGAGCAGAAGGUGCAACAGCAACAAGAGGCUGUUGAGAAAACAGUCAGAAACGGAGGAUUCAAACCCACUGAGCCGACUGUCACACCGAAAUCAGUAAAUAGGACUCCCUGUGGUUUUGGGAGCUUUAACAGAGAUCUGACCGAAGUGUUGGAGAGCCAGGAGCGUGAGCUGGAGAACCGGCGCUCCUCCAUGAUGACCAUGGAGCUUCUUCUAGUCGAGCUGAACAGUGAGAGAGGCGCCAAAAACGAGGAAAUCCAAAGACUCAAGGAGGAGCUUAGAGAGAAAGAAAUAGUUCGAAUGGAAAUCCAGAGUUUGCUUGAAAAGUUUUACACCAAGGAGCACCAGCUAACUCCGACUGGAAAUAAUAACAGUGAGGAUUUGGGUGAAGACCUUCGGCAGGCUGUGCUGAAGCAGCUGGAGGAGGAGAGAGCAGAAAAGAACCAAAUAUUGCAGAGGCUGUCUGCUGCUCAACGAAAAUUGCAAGAGCAGGAAUCUUCCUUUGCUCAGUCUCAGACUUGCAUUCAAGAGUUAACGACUGAGCUGAGGAACCGCUGCUUGGAGCUGAGAGAACUAAACCUGAGGGUUCACGAUGAGGAGAAACUCCUUCAGGAGAAUGAGGUUCUGCGCAGGCAGAAUGAAAAACUUUCCGAGGAGAACGGAAAACUAGUCGGACAUAAGAACCACAAGCAGAGGAUUGAGUACCUGGUCAAACUGAAGAAGGACAAUACCAGACUACAAGAGGAAAAUGAAAAACUCAGAACGGAGAUCAGCCUGAUGCGAGACGACUCUGCGAUCCUGCCGCCAGAUAUGAUGUAAAGUCUCAACUUAAAGUUUUCAAAUCAAAUUAAAUUUUUUUAUCCAAC